CUUAUCAUGUGGUCCAGCUGCUUUUCUCACAGAAGAGCAGAGUUUCUUAGACUUAGAAAUGCUGCUUUUCUUGCUGGGCUGCAGCAGCAUCUCUCCCUCUACAGAAGGCCAAACCACUUGCUUCCCCCUUGCCUGCCCCCUUUUAUACCCCUGGUAGGCUGACCAGGCUCCCAGGUGUGAGCCAUCCAUGGUGAGCACUUGUUCUUUAACCCUUCCUUGCCCACAAGUUCAGAGGAGCCUCUCCUGCUGCCAAUCAUACAAGCUUUGCUAGAAAACUGAGGCUUUUCAUAAAGCAAACCUUAUGUUUUUGAGGGGUAAUUUGAUAGUGUUCUUUCAGAGAGCGGACCUGAAUCUUACUAAAACAGCAACUUUGCAGCUCCGAAUGGGCUUACUGUACUGUCCUUACUUUCUAUUUCUUUGUGAAAUCCUAAAGUGUUCAAGAGAGUUUACUACUUUAGUGCUUGUCCCUCUCUCUGACUUGCAUUUUCAUGAGUGUUAGUUUCCUGUUGAUUCACGUAAACAGUGCUCCGGCAAUGGUAUGUGGAGUGGGAGAUGAAUCAAUCUGGGCAGUCCCCUCAGUGGAUGAUCUGGUUUGUAAUUUGUACAGAGGAAUAUCGCCAAGGAAACUGUUUGCUUUCUUCCAAACACUUUAUUGCCUAACUCUAACGGAAUAAAAUUGUCCGUCUUUAUAGCUUAUCUCGGUGUUGUUUCAACUUGCACUCUGGUCCCCACAUCCUCUGUUUGUGCAGAGUUCCCUGGGAAGCUCCACCCUUACUUCCAGCUAAUAACCCAAUUAAUCCGCAGCCUGAUUUUCCUCGUUUCUCCUUCACCGCUCGGCAGCGCUUGCUGCGUCAUUGGCCGCCCGUCUGGUGAGCCGCCACCGCCUGCGCGGGGUGGCGUUUGUGCUGGCAGCGGCAGUCCGGGUCGUCUCGUGGCAGGCAGCCUCUGCGGCUCGCUGUGAAGCCCAGCAUGAUCGUGGGGACGGUCCUGCUCCAGUCCAGCAGCUAUGGCCAAGAGGAGGGCAGGCUGCUCGGCUGCCUCGGUGCUGACGCCUCUCAGCCUGGCGUGUCGGGGUUCGCAGAGGCCCUGCACCGCCCCUAUGGUUGUGAUGUUGAGCCCCAGGCACUGAACGAAGCCAUCAGAUGGAGCUCCAAGGAGAACCUGCUUGGAGCCACUGAGAGCGAUCCCAAUCUCUUUGUUGCACUUUACGAUUUUGUAGCAAGCGGUGACAACACACUCAGUAUCACCAAAGGUGAGAAGUUACGAGUCCUGGGUUAUAACCAGAAUGGUGAAUGGAGCGAGGUACGUUCUAAAAAUGGGCAGGGCUGGGUACCAAGCAACUACAUCACACCAGUGAACAGCCUGGAAAAGCAUUCGUGGUAUCAUGGGCCAGUGUCACGCAGUGCAGCCGAGUAUCUGUUGAGCAGUCUCAUCAACGGCAGCUUCCUGGUUCGUGAAAGCGAGAGCAGCCCAGGGCAGCUAUCCAUCUCGCUCAGGUACGAAGGACGUGUUUACCACUACAGGAUCAAUACCACCUCAGAUGGAAAGGUAUAUGUGACAGCAGAAAGCCGUUUCAGCACCCUAGCAGAGCUGGUGCAUCAUCACUCAACAGUAGCAGAUGGACUGGUGACAACUUUGCAUUACCCAGCACCCAAGUGCAAUAAGCCCACUGUCUAUGGAGUGUCCCCCAUCCACGACAAGUGGGAGAUGGAGCGAACUGAUAUCACCAUGAAGCAUAAGCUUGGGGGAGGGCAGUACGGCGAAGUGUAUGUUGGCGUCUGGAAGAAAUAUAAUCUUACGGUUGCUGUGAAAACAUUAAAGGAAGAUACCAUGGAGGUGGAAGAGUUCUUGAAAGAAGCUGCUGUAAUGAAGGAAAUCAAACACCCAAACCUAGUGCAGUUAUUAGGUGUAUGUACCCUGGAGCCACCCUUUUACAUCGUGACAGAAUAUAUGCCGUAUGGGAACCUGCUAGACUAUUUACGAGAAUGCAACCGGGAGGAAGUGAGUGCUGUUGUGCUACUUUACAUGGCCACACAGAUCUCCUCCGCUAUGGAAUACCUAGAGAAGAAGAACUUCAUUCACAGGGACCUGGCAGCCCGGAAUUGCUUAGUUGGAGAAAAUCACGUGGUGAAGGUGGCUGACUUUGGCUUAAGUCGACUUAUGACUGGAGAUACCUACACAGCUCAUGCUGGAGCCAAGUUCCCAAUCAAGUGGACAGCUCCUGAGAGCCUGGCCUAUAACACCUUUUCAAUCAAAUCAGACGUGUGGGCCUUUGGGGUGCUGUUAUGGGAAAUUGCCACCUAUGGGAUGUCACCAUACCCAGGCAUUGACCUGUCUCAGGUGUAUGAUCUGCUGGAGAAGGGCUAUCGAAUGGAACAACCUGAGGGGUGCCCUCCGAAGGUUUAUGAACUGAUGAGGGCAUGUUGGAAGUGGAAUCCACCAGACCGACCUUCCUUUGCUGAGACCCACCAGGCUUUUGAAACCAUGUUCCAUGACUCGAGCAUCUCUGAGGAGGUAGCAGAGGAGCUUGGAAGAACAGCCUCCUCCUCAUCCAUAGUUCCCUACUUGCCCCGGUUACCCAUGCUUCCCUCCAAGACUAGAACACUGAAGAAACAGGCAGAGAACAAGGAGAAUAUUGAAGGAACACAAGAUACUGUGGAGCACUCAGCUUCCAGCUCAGCACCAGGUUUUAUCAGAAGCACACAGCCAACAAGUGGGUCUCCUGCACUGCCUCGCAAGCAGAGGGACAAGUCACCCAGCAGCCUGCUGGAGGAUGCCAAAGAGACCACUUUCACCAGGGACAGGAAAGGCGGCUUCUUCAGCUCCUUUAUGAAGAAGAGGAACGCUCCUACACCUCCGAAGCGCAGCAGUUCCUUCCGGGAGAUGGAGAAUCAGCCCCACAAGAAAUACGAGCUAACGGGUAACUUCUCAUCUGUUGCUUCCUUGCAGCACGUGGACGGGUUCUCUUUUGCUCCCACUCAGCAGGACGCAAGCCUGGCGCCACCAAAGUGCUAUGGUGGGGGCUUUGUGCCGAGGACCUUCUACAGCGAUGACAGCAGUGGUACCACCGGUGGUGGGGGCGUGAGCACUGGUGGCGGGUGGUCGGGCAUCACAGGUUUCUUUACACCACGCUUGAUUAAAAAGACACUGGGUUUACGAGCAGGAAAACCCACUGGCAGUGAAGAAGCUUCAAAGCCUUUUCCAAGGUCAAACUCUACAUCUUCCAUGUCCUCAGGGCUUCCAGAGCAGGAUAGGAUGGCAAUGACCCUUCCCAGAAAUUCCCAGAGGUCAAAAAUCCAGCUGGAACGGACAGUGUCCACCUCCUCUCAGCCAGAUGAGAGCAUGGGGAGGGCCAGUGACCUGCUUCCCAAAAGGUUUGAAGAAGGCCCUGCUUUGACCAGAGAGAGACCAAAAGCAAAACUCUUGCCGAGGGGUGCCACAGCUCUCCCUUUCCGAACCCCUUCUGGUUCGGAAGAAAAGGAGGGUCCGGGGCUAGCAGCAGCUCCUAAGAGCAAAGAAAAAAACACUGGCCCACGGCAGGGGGCCCUUGAGGAUGGUGAGAGAUCAGGGUGGUCAUCUCCAGUAAAGGCUGCAGCAAUACUUCCAACCACUCAUAACCACAAAGUGCCAGUCCUAAUCUCACCCACUCUAAAACACAGUCCAGCAGACGUGCAGCUUAUUGGCACAGACUCUCAGGGUAAUAAAUUUAAGCUCUUAUCUGAGCAUCAGGUCACUUCUUCUGGCGACAGGGACCGGCCCAGACGGGUAAAACCAAAGUGUGCUCCACCUCCACCACCAGUGAUGAGGCUCCUACAACAGCCAGCUGCCUGCUCAGAUGCAGCAGAAGAGCUGGGCAACGUGGCAGGAACACAGCACGGACUGGAAUCAAGCGAAGGGAGUAAGAAGGCGGCAGCAGCAGCAGCAGCAGCAGCACCUGUUGGUGGAAAAUCUGGGAGGCCCGUAAUGCCUCCACCUCAAGUGCCUCUGUCAUCGUCUUCCACCUCCCCGGUGAAAAUGGCCAAUGGCACAGCUGGCGCAAAAGUGGCCCUGAGAAAGACCAAACAGGCAGCCGAGAAAAUCUCAGCAGAUAAAAUCAGCAAGGAAGCACUGCUGGAGUGUGCAGAUCUUCUCUCCAGUGCCAUCACCGAGCCAACACCAAACAGCCAGCUGGUGGAUACAGGGCACCAGCUGUUGGAUUACUGCUCAGGCUACGUGGACUGCAUCCCGCAUACACGCAACAAAUUUGCCUUCCGCGAAGCUGUGAGCAAACUGGAACUCAGCCUGCAGGAACUGCAGGUGUCAUCAACAGCUGCUAGCGUCCCUGGGGCAAACCCUGUCCUUAAUAACUUAUUGUCAUGUGUCCAAGAAAUCAGCGAUGUGGUGCAGAGGUAGCUACUGUCAAUCUGGGUAAGAGAAACACACAUGGGGAGGGGGGGGAACUUUUUUCUGUACUGAUGCUUUCAAAAGGAAAGACUGAUACUUGAGUAUGUGAAGUACCUCAGAUCACUGAGUUCUCCUCACGUUUACAGGUUCAUCUCAAAAAUGGGGAGGGAGAGGGUAGAUUAAAGCUGUAAGGGACAGAACACCAAGCAUUUGUCCCUACCCAGUCAGUCUGAUCUGCUUGGGUUGGCAAGGGAAGGAAGUCCUUGCUCCUCCCUUUGAGAGGUAGGAGAAUCAAUGGCAGGUUUUUUGCUACGGGCAGGAUGGUUUGCCAUGCGAUUGCUGGAGUACCGCAGUGGCUGCAGGCCACUCGGCUGUACAGAUCCUCCCCUGUCUGCACUAAUGCAUGCUUUGGCCUCCUGACAACGCAAAGGAAAGGCACUGGGGCUCUGUUGGUACCAACUGCCAAGCAGUCUGAGCUGGAGCAGCUCUGAAGGGCAUGGCUGGGUGCGGUUGGGGGGGAGGUCUAAUGCACUGACAGUAUUCAGAGCUGCUGGAGGUGGAUGCACUAGCCCAGAUGGCUUACUUCCACAGUGCUGUUGCUGCUUUAAUGAGAACUGCAAAAUGAGUUAAUAUAUGAAAACUGUCCCUUUUCCCUCCUGUCCACCUCAUCCAUCACACGUUCUCAUUUUCAUUAUACCUGAAGCAUCAGGGGUGCUGGGCAGACUUACCACUGGAAUACCCCCUUCCCCACCACACAGCCUUCACUCAGUUCAUACCCAUUUCUAGUGGUCUAGCACAGGUGCUACUUGAUGGUCAUUUGUGAGUAGUUUGGGGUUCUUGCACAACUUGCCAGUGUUGUCAUUAUUUGAGGGGGGGAGGGAAGGGGUGGUGUUUUUUGUUUUUGUUUUGUUUUUUAAGAUCUAGAUUGUUUUUAACUUGUUACCAGGUUGACCUCCCAAUUCUGUUUCAUUACCGUGAGGACCCAUACUAGGUAAGGCAGAGCCUCCACCACCUGCAGCCCCUGGCUGCUCUCUACAUUCUUUUAGCAGUCAGAGUGCUGCUGCAGCCAGCUGGGAAACCAGAGAAAUAGAGCCUCGCCUGCCCUGCCAUGCCCCCCUCACUGCUGCAGGCAUCACUGGACCAGUCCCUACUCUGGCAUAACACUAACUGCACACCGAUGGCUUUCUGGGGUUUGCUGUAUCGCCUACCUUGCAGGCGCUUCAUCUUCCGUGGAUAUGAAGGUGACUAGUUACGUGAGCGCACAGGGGAGUCACAGCCAUCUUUCCAUUUACUUAAAAGACUAGACCAGAAUCUCAUGCUGCAGAGUAGGGAAUGUGCACAUUUAACUGCACACUCCUCCGCCUGAGGCUUGACAAAAACUGCUAUGGCUCUGCCUUGAAGGGCUCCCACUGGUCUCUGAUGCCUAUUGACAAUCCCAGAAUGAAAGCAAUCAUGUGGUGGAAGUUGUCUUCCUCUGUCCUAGUGCUGUUUGUAGACUAUUGUGGCCUGAAAAAGCCAGUGUCUGUGUAUGCGCACAACUCCCUAGGGUGUAAACGUACUGGCACAUAGGAAGACCUCAACCAAUCACUUGGUUUGAGAAAGGGAGAAAACAGGCCUGGUACCUAUCUCCAAAUACAGAUGUGUUCCUGCAUGCUGCUGCUCACUUUUCACACUGUUGGUGAUGAUAGAGGAUUUGGCUUGCUUUGCACCUUAAAUCUUUUAUUUUUGGCUAAAAUGCUUUUUAAACUUGUUUUUGAAGUGUGACUGUGCUGCUUUUAAUCUGAGCAUUUAGAGUUGAGCUGGGGCACAGGCAUAAAUUAGAGGAUUUUUCACUCCUAUUUCUAUCUAGAAGCAUUGCCCUGUUGGUGCUCGAAAGUAGGCUGGGCAGUCUCAGCCUAUGUCCCUAGUUUUUCCAUGGAGCCUAGUGAGACAGCGGCCUGAAAAUCUUUAGAAAUGUGCUGGUGUCUGGGAAUCCUCAUUUUAUUACUGUUCUGUGGUAAAUAAAACUGUGUCACGAUGCAUGAACGUGCACCGGUGGAGCAGUAUGUGAGGUGAAGUGGACCACGUGAGCUUCACUGUCAAAGUGAGUGAAAUGGUGAAAAAAACAACCCCUCCACCAUAAACCAGGCAGACAUUAAAGUAAAUCCGUUGAUCUUACAAGUCAGUUUUACUCCAGUGAGCUGGUACCAAGUGGGGACAGCCCAAGUUAGCAGCCCUGACUUAGUAGUACCAAACCCACCUGACAAAGCCUGCUGUCUAGUUCUGCAAUAGCGUGGAGCUUCAGGCUGUCCUCUCAUACAGUCCUUAAGCUCCAAGCCUCACUGAGCAGCGGGGCAGAGGGGACAGGGGAAAGGCUGCACUGGGAUUCUUCCACAGUAAGGCAGAGUACCAAACCAUUAUCUUGUAGACUUUACUGAGGGCUUUUAUGGUUUACCUUAUCUCUUUCAGUCAUCGUUAUUGCAUGUGUGCAUCCCUGCACACCAAACUAUCUGCCUUUGGAAAGGUGACCUGCAAAGGGAAAAGACUUGUGGUGUUGCUUCAUGUUGCCUUUUAAACAUCAAAGGGAUUGAAAAGGUAUGUGAGCUUUUGUAGUGUCAGAUAGCCAGGGCUUGUCUGCCCUGGGAGACAAUCUUACGGUUUCAUCAUUGUACUACUACUAAGCCUAGUAGAAACAGACUGAAACUGAAGUGAUUCUCUGGGGAAAGGUAUUUUAACCAGAAAAUUUUAAACCCAUUGUAGACAUUACUCCAAUUCUGAUGAGUAUUUGAAAGAAGCCUUUUUUCCCCCUGCAUGCCAGUCUCCCAGAAAAGCUCCAGCAAAAGUGACAGAAUAGCAGACAGUUCCUGGAGUUUCUAAUUAUUUAAAUUCUCUUUCAACCCUUUUUUUCUACCCUUCUGAGAAGACUGUCCCCUAACAAAGUACCUCUCCAGCACUAGUUAUCCACACUUCCUUUAAGAUUCCUUAAUUUCUCCUUCCCUACUCCAGAGGUGGUGGACAGUGUGACAGAGCAAUGCCCUGAUCUGGGCAGCAGCAUAGCUCUGCAGUCUCUGAGCUGAAGAACCCAGCUGCUUUUAAACAGAAGCCGGGUGUUCCUCCAGCAGAGGAAACGCAGGACAGUGGAAUUUGGGGGAUUUGCCUGUCACUAGUCCUACGAAGAAUGUUUUAUUUGCUUUUAACGUACUGUCUUAUUGAUCAUCAGAUAGAUGGUUAGAUGGUGAUGGAGGUAUUGCUGACUUGACACUAGUUCCCCCCCCUCCCCCCCCCGCAAACAGGGCUGCAAAAUUGCUGCUGCCUCUGCUCCCUCUCCUGCCCAACACCGUUUUAUUCCACAAUCUGAAUUUCCUCAUGUCCUCUAGCAAAAUAGCAAAAGGACGGUAUCUUGGGAAGUUGAUUCUAUUGGAUAUCACAGGUCACUUUUGCUUCCUUCCACAGCCACUCUCCUAAAGUUGUCAUAGUUCUGCCUCCUUUCUGAUAGAUUUGGCUUUCUGUUCAGCUUUAGAGAUUUCUACUGGAGCAGUUGCUCUGCUUUCAGCCUUGCACAGUAUGUUUAAAAUACCGUAAGGAGGGAGAAACCCUGAUGCUUUUUCUAGUGAAGAGCACACGUUGCUCUGCUCUUUGUGGAUGAGGCAUAAACACCUGUUGGGUUUCCUUUUUUCACCACUGUGAGAAGGCCUUGUGUGGCAAGAAUGCAAUUGCAGCCUGGCUCCCUAAUUAACUUGCACUAGUAUGGGCUUGAAUUUAAAGUAAUCUUUCUUGCGAAAGGAGAUAGUAUCAAGUAGAGGCUGGUAAUGCCAAGCACAAAGCAUGUGCUCACUCAAGUGAGUUGGCUUGGGGCACUUUCUCUUCCUAGCUACUGUGGGGAAUCAGCCAGCUCACAGGUACAACUCUCCCCUCUUCCUGCACUGUACACCCUUUUAAUCCCCCAAACUGGUGCACUCUGCUGUCUGACUGGCAGCACUUUGAUUUAAUCAUAAUUUUCAUCAGUGCUGAUAGGGAUGAAGCUGAAUUAAGAGUUUUGGUCUUGGGACUGCAUCAAGUUAAGCAGCUGGGAAAGCAGAAUUGAAGGGAGCAAUGUUCCUGAUGCAGAACACAGUGGGAGGUGCACCUACAUGUUCCCGUCAGUCUCCCACAGGACGCUUCUCCCAAACACCACUGGCCUCGUGUCAGCCAGAAUGCGCGUUGCCAUGCAGUUACGAGUGUGCUUAUCUAAGAGCUUUGUGGCACACCACUCUCUGCAGGCAGCAGGGACUGAGCCCCACGGUGAGGGCUCUGAGCGCAGGCUCUGCGACACCUCCUCUGUUACUACCAUGGAGCAGAGCGGGGCAGCGGUGUACCAGCACUGCUGCGUUCAGCAGAGCAGCCCUUCUGUAAGAGGCAGAGGGUGUGUGACUGAUCAGGUAGGAUGGGUUACGUGCCUUUUGCAGUCAGUGUCUUUCAAGUAAAGGAACCACGGACAUUGCUGUCCGUACCACUUACCUGACACCGGCUUCCCAGGCAGCAGAAGGGCUUAGGAUUGUGUUCGUUGGUGCUCUUGGGCAAUAGCAGCUGUGACAAGCACUAAUGAAUCGAGAUGAUUUUUUUCUGCAAGUGUUACAGACUGCUGUUUUUUGUUUUAAAACACUCAACCCCAGCCCUGCUACUAACCAGUAGCUGACAGAAACUGAAGGGUAGCAACUACAGCAUGCUCAGAAACCUCCCACUUCGGGCGAGUAGCACCAUCCAGUACCUUGUGCAGGUGGAUGUUUUGCAUGGAUGGGCAGUAGGGUUGCACUCCAGUUGCCUGUAGUAUAGAACAAAACCUUUAGCCUAUUCCAUGUUGGUAGGAAACAAUCUGUUAUGGGACACCUGACUUACCUGUAAUAUCUACAAGAUGAGAAGUGUCUGUACCAAAGGAGGCUGCUCUUCCAAAAGUGUCGGUUGUGCAUGGGGGGUAAAGACCGAUCAGCUCAGCACGCUGUUUGUAGCAGUAGUGAACUCACAGAGGACAGGAAUGGAUUAAACUGAAACACAUUAAUCACCAAUCACUCUACCAGUGUUGUCAACUGUUUUUGUUUUUAAUUGUUAUUGUAAUAUAUUUUGGUUGUUUUUCUAAUUUAAUUCUCUCACUAUCGUCUGACUGUGAACUGCGAACAGUGUUAAACUUGAUGUAAAUAACGCCCUUCGAAGGGCCUCUUUGCCUGUCGUUCCACAAAGUUUUGCCAAUUUGCAUUUUGUUUUAAAUAAAGGUUGCAAUAUUUUAUUGGCAAAUAAACUUGAA